UCACCCCUCAGCUUUCUACUUCUCCUGGCUCGACACUUCGAUCCACCCAAACAUUACAGCCCAUUCGCUUACAAAGUAACGAUUCUCUAACAAACGAGCCAUUAACGGUGAAAUAUAUCACAGAGCAUGACUACCAUGUACACGCACAACACGUCACCGUACCAGCUAGACACCCUGCGCACGAACCACACCCAGUCAUUAGUGAAUGCUGUCAGCACCAAGCUGUACGCAAAUCCUAUCGACACCACACUACUGAGCCAAUCGCUCGUCGAGCUCCGGCGGCACCUCGAAUCGCAGCUCUCAGUCGCACCCGCUAACGACCCCGCCACGGCCACCAACGCAAUUGAGGUCCUUGAGCAUAUUCUGUUCUGCUGGAUCUGCGCCCGCGCCGCCUACGCUGACCGGCAGCAUUCCGGCGACGAAUCGGGGUCCAUGCGGUUUGCAAAGUACUCCUACAUCCCCGAGUCGUGCAUCCUGGAGACUAUCCAAAGCACGCUUUGUCUGGCAAUGUCGCCUGCAGGCGUCAUGGCGGUGGCCAAGUCAUCGAUCCCUGCAAGCCUUGCACUGUCCACAAGCUUUGUCGAUAUGCCCAGUAUUCAUGUUGUCGCGUUCCGCGUGCUGGCGCGCCUGUGUACGCGCCAAGCAGCUGACGCCGGCGUGUCAUCGGUUCUGGACGCAUUCACACGGGCACGUAACGCGCUGCAGCUGCGUAACCGCUUCGAUACGCUUGCGAAUGCUAGCUUUGCAUUUGCCAUGGACUUCGUCACAGCCGUACAGGCACCAAUGACGCCACCAUCGUCAGCCUCGACGGCCUCCGACAGCGAGUACGACGAGUGCAAAAUGCCGAGCACACGGCUCGCAGAGCGUGUUCUGACCAGCGCCCUGGUCCUGAUUAACGCAAUGGUUGAUGCGCAUCUGGAUGUCGAGCGGCGCCUGAGUCUGCGGAGAGAGCUUUUGGGCACAUCCCUAUACAAAUGCCUGAAGGUUCUCGAAGAACCAUGCUUUGAUCACUCACUAGCUGUUGCGGAGGCCCGCAGGUUCCGGCUCACCUACGCCAGCGACAUCCGCCUGCACAGCUCCAUGCCCAUCUCCCCACGGAACUCGCCAUGAACCUGUCUUUGCGACGGACCACACACAUUGCAUACCGGAUUUCACUCUUAAAACUUUGUACACGAAUUCCACAUUUUCAGAAAGAAGAUUCUAGAUGACAAGCAAAAAAGGCCUAUUUACAUGUGCUUGCUUGAUCCUCACUUGCC